UGCUCUGUGUUUGACGGGGGAGCAAAGAUGGCGGCGGGCGAGUCGGUCGGGCGCUACCGGAGCAGCAUGAGUAGGAGCAAGGACCCCUCGGGGCUGCUCAUCUCUGUUAUCAGGACCCUGUCUACCAGUGAUGAUGUUGAGGACCGGGAGAACGAGAAGGGCCGCCUGGAAGAAGCUUAUGAGAAGUGUGACCGGAGUUUGGAUGAGCUCAUUGUCCAACACUACACUGAGCUCACCACCGCCAUUCGCACCUACCAGAGCAUCACAGAGCGCAUCACCAACUCCCGGAACAAAAUCAAACAGGUGAAGGAGAACCUGCUGUCAUGCAAGAUGCUGCUGCAUUGCAAGAGGGAUGAGCUGCGCAAGUUGUGGAUUGAAGGGAUUGAACACAAACAUGUCCUGAAUUUGUUGGAUGAGAUAGAGAACAUCAAACAAGUGCCCCAGAAGCUGGAGCAGUGUAUGGCCAGCAAGCACUACCUCAAUGCUACAGACAUGCUGGUGUCAGCAGUGGACUCCUUGGAAGGUCCCCUUCUUCAGGUGGAGGGAUUGAGCGAUCUGAGGCUGGAGCUCCACAGCAAGAAGAUGAACAUGCACUUAGUCCUGAUAGAUGAGCUACACCGUCAUCUUUACAUCAAAUCGACUAAUAAAGUGGGACAACGCAACAAGGAGAAGGGGAGAAUGAGUACGCUUGUGAAAGAUGCUUCUUCCGUACCUCUUAUGGAUGUUACUAACUUGUCUACACCUCGAAAGUUCCUCGAUACUUCCCAGUUUAGUACUCCUGGAAGCUCCGGCAUGCGAGAAACAAGCCUCCUGGAUAUUAAAGAAGAUACGGAACUGGAUCCAGAGGAGAACAGCACUGUCUUCAUGGGCAUCCUCAUCAAAGGGCUGGCCAAGCUGAAAAAAAUCCCUGAAACAGUGAAAGCCACCCAGGAUCGCCUAGAACAAGAACUCAAGCAGAUUGUUAAGCGGUCCACGACUCAGGUGGCAGACAGUGAUUACCAGAGGGGAGAAAAUAUUUCCCAGGAAAAUCAGCCUAGGUUGCUGCUGGAGCUGCUGGAGCUUCUCUUUGACAAAUUCAACGCUGUGGCUGCUGCGCACUCUGUAGUCCUUGGACACCUUCAGCAAACAGUGGCCUCUCCUUGCAGCCAGUACGAUGGUGAUAUCAAGCUCUAUGACAUGGUUGAUGUGUGGGUGAAGAUCCAGGAUGUCUUGCAGAUGCUCCUGACAGAAUACCUGGAUAUGAAAAACACCCGCACUGCCUCAGAGCCAUCCACUCAGCUCAGCUAUGCCAGCUCUGGGAGAGAAUUUGCAGCGUUCUUUGCAAAGAAGAAGCCUCAAAGGCCUAAAAACCCUUUGUUCAAGUUUGAGUCCUCCUCCCAUGCUAUUAGCAUGAGUGCCUAUUUGCGUGAGCAGAGAAGGGAGCUGUACAGCAGAAGUGGAGAACUUCAAGGAGGACCAGAUGAUAAUUUAAUCGAAGGCGGAGGAUCCAAGUUUGUCUGCAAACCAGGAGCCAGAAACAUCACCAUCAUCUUCCACCCGCUCCUCAGAUUCAUCAAGGAGAUAGAGCACGCCAUGGAGCUUGGCCCAACCAAACAGUGUCCUCUCCGUGAGUUCCUCACCAUGUACAUCAAGAACAUCUUCCUCAAUCAGGUACUGGCUGAGAUCAAUAAGGAAAUCGAAGGAGUCACAAAGGCAUCUGACCCCCUGAAGAUAUUGGCUAAUGCGGAUACCAUGAAGGUCCUGGGUGUGCAGCGGCCUCUUCUGCAGAGCACAGUAAUUGUGGAGAAGACUGUUCAAGACCUGAUGAACCUGAUGCACGACUUAAGUGCCUAUUCAGAUCAGUUCCUCAACAUGGUGUGUGUGAAGCUCCAGGAGUACAAGGACACCUGCACCCUUGCCUACAGGAGCAUCGUGCAGUCAGAUGAAAAGCUGGUGAUCAGCGCAUCCUGGGCUAAGGAUGAUGAUAUCAGCAGGCUCCUGAAAUCUCUGCCCAACUGGAGCAACAUGGCUCAGCCCAAGCAACUGAGACCCAAGAGAGAGGAGGAGGAAGAUUUUAUAAGGGCUGCUUUUGGCAAAGAGUCCGAAGUUCUCAUUGGCAACCUGGGAGAUAAACUCAUCCCCCAACAGGAGAUCCUGCGAGACGUCAGCGACCUCAAGGCCUUGGCCAACAUGCAUGAGAGCCUGGAGUGGUUAGCAGGUCGCACCAAGGCAGCCUUCUCCAACCUCUCAGCCGCCCAGACUGUGUCUCCUGGCCAGGACAGCCAUGCCAGCAUGGAAAACCUUCCUGCAUCUGAACAGAUCCUGCAAACCCUCAGUGAGCUGGCCAGGUCUUUCCAAGAGAUGGCUGACCGCUGCCUGCUGGUUCUACAUUUGGAAGUGAGAGUUCAUUGCUUCCACUACCUGAUCCCAUUGGCUAAACAAGGGAACUAUGCCAUCGUUGCCAACGUGGAGAGCAUGGACUAUGACCCCCUUGUUGUCCGGCUCAAUAAGGACAUCAGUGCCAUAGAGGAAGCCAUGAGUGCCAGCCUCCAGCAGCACAAGUUCCAGUACAUCUUUGAAGGUUUGGGCCACCUCAUCUCCUGCAUCCUUAUCAACGGAGCCCACUACUUCAAGCGCAUCAGUGAGUCUGGCAUCAAGAAAAUGUGCAGGAACAUUUUCAUCCUCCAGCAGAACCUGACAAACAUCACCAUGUCGCGUGAGGCUGAUCUGGACUUUGCAAGGCAGUAUUAUGAGAUGCUCUACAACACAGCGGAUGAGCUCUUAAACCUGGUGGUGGAUCAAGGUGUGAAGUACACAGAGCUGGAAUACAUCUAUGCCCUGAACUUACUGCACCGAAGCCAGACAGGUGUGGGAGACCAAACCACACAGAACAUGAGGCUUCAGAGGCUGAAGGAGAUCAUUUGUGAGCAGGCUGCUAUCAAACAGGCCACCAAGGACAAGAAAAUCACCACAGUUUAAUCUGCUCAGCCACAGUGAGCAGCAGGGGCUGUCAGGUUGCAAGUCCAGAUUUCUGUGUUUCUGUUAUAAUUUAUGGCAAAAGAAUGUAUCUUCUGGGUGACGGUCUGCUAGCGAGAAAGGAAAUGCAAUUUAAACUUUAGUUUGGGGGGUUUCUUGGGGUUGGGGUUGAUGUGUAAUCACGUAAUGCUUCCUUAACAUGUUGUCCCAAUAGUUAUUGCACUGCAGGAGGAACAGGCAUCCUGGUAGACAUUUUGGUAACAUGUGGGAUCGUGAUGAUAUUGAAGCUGUUCCAACAGCAUUGCUGCACAGGAAGACUGUUUCAGCUUUGCCAGUACUUUUUGCAGUGACAGUCAUAGAUGCAUUUAGUUUUCUGCUGUUUCCACUGCAAAGAGAUCUAGUAGCUUAUUCCUCCAGAUACUAAUAAGCCAGUUCUCGUAAUGGGAGGUAACGUGGGACCAUUUGUUUCCACUUUUACUUUUUCAUUAUCAUGGAGCCAUAUGGCAUCAGUUUCUGCAGCUCAUACUGCACUGGAUGACAGUGAAUGUAGGAGAAAAUUGUCAAUAUAAAGGUAAUAGCUGAACUUAAUUCUCUUUUUUUCCGAAUAUAUCUUUAGAGUAUGCCCAGCUCUGAAGAUAUUUCUUAAUCACCAUUUGAUGUGCUGGAAAGACACACAGUAGCUCAGCACUGAAUGAUCAGCAAGGGCAGGAGGGCACAUUCCAGCUCUGCAAUAUGAAGAGAGCUCAGGUCACCAUUCUGUCCUGCCUUGGCCAUUUGUACAUGCCUGGUAAAAGAUUCCUUAUUCACUAGGGCUGAUAAGUUUAUGUCAGCUCUCCAAACCAAGUAUACACUUCACUUGUAUUUGUCAGGUGAAUAGCCAACCCGGCUGGGUUUCACAUUCUGAGAUAGGUUCUCUCUGAGCUGUGUAACUGCUUGUGCAUUUGUCUUGAAACUUCAGAAUUAAAAGAUAUUUGGGGACUCCUCAAA